AUGGAACACCGGACAUUGAAACGACGUAACGAUAAUGAUCCUCGGACAGUUAAAAAUCUUACUGCACAUUUUCAAAAUUUGAAAAACAUUCAAACAACUACUCAAACUGUUGAAAAGUACGAUAAUCUAAGCAACAAUUUACCACCGCCAGUUCGAAUUACACCAUAUUCAGGUGUUAAACCAAAGGGUAUGGAUAUUAUCAGGCCUGUAGCAUUCCGGCCAUAUGCUUCACGUAAAUCGGAUAAACAUCAAGCAGUUAUCUCAUCAUCAUUCUCUCUUUAUAAUAGCAACAAGAAGAAAAAUGAUUUUCCAACAAAACGAUUAUCAAAUAGUGAUGAAUUGAAACGAUCUUCACAACAUUCGAAGGACACUGUAUCAAAUCCAUCUGUACCAUUAGUUAAUGGUAACAAUAGACCGCGAGCUAUCUAUCAACCGUCUACCAGCUUUGAAUUAGCAUCAGCAAUGAUGACGCACAGAAGAUCUGGUAAAUUUGAGGCUGCGGAGAAUGAUUAUGAUGUUGUGCCAGAAUAUAUUGAACGCGACAAGUUUUACAUCGAUGUGGAUCCGACAAUCAAUGAAAACUACUGUGUUGUACAUUCGAUGCCUUACUGUCACAACGCAUCGUCGGAGACACUUCCUGCUGCAACAGCGAUAAAAAACAAUAAUACCAAUAUUAGUCAUGAUAAAAUACAACAGGAACAGCAGCAAAACGGCAGUGCAACAUUCAAUGUAGUAGCCGGAAUUUCAUCAUUAAAUCUUGUUAAGAAAUCUCCACCUUCACAUCAAGUUUAUGGUUCGAAUACGUCUUCUGGCAGUCGUCACAGCUCAGGAAUACACGUUACACCUUCACCAAGCGACUCCG